AUGGCAUCCUCGGCCACCCGUACGGUCCGCUCGGCCGUGAGCAAAAUUAUUAGCACCUUUACCGACACUGGCUCCGUGCGCGAUCGGUAUGUGAGUUUGGCUUCGCCAGAUGACCUCCAUCACACGGAGCAGUCGCAAGAGUUUGUGAACCGAAAGUUCUGGCUCACGUUAAACCUCCUCUCCAUCUGCAUCGUCGUAAUCAGCGUGAUACUGACGGUGGUCAUGUCUUUGCCGGAGGUCCGGUCCCAUUCCUCCUACACGCGGAUGUACGAUGUGGUGGAGAUUGCCUGCGCAGCCUUCUUCAUCGUCGAGUAUCUUCUGCGAGUUCUCGGAUCGGGUAGCCGGCGGUUUUCUUACGCCUUCUCUGCGCUUGGCCUUGUCGACUUCGUUGUCGCUGCUUCUUCUGUCGCGGCCAUUGUCACGCGCUAUCGCGACCUGGUCGGACCCGGCGAGGACGCUGACCUUUGCCAGCCCCUCGUGUGCUUGCGGAUGCUCCGGCUGCUGAAGCUCAUGCACUACAUCCGGGAGUGUCGGCAACUGUCGCAUGCCCUGAGCAACGAGUUCCGCUUCAUCAACGUAUUCCUCUUCGGAAUCCUGGUCAUCGUGCUGAUGCUAGGGACCUGCCUCUAUGCAGCCGAAGAUGGUGCCAACGGCUUCGAAUCGAUUCCACAUGGAAUGUGGUGGGCCACGGUGACCUUGACAACUGUCGGUUAUGGCGACGUCGUCCCACAGACUUCCCUGGGCAAAUUGUUUGCGGCCUGCUCUAUGUUGAUUGGCUACGGCAUUCUGGCCGUCCCGACUCUUCUCUCCACCUUCCAGACGACGAAGAUCCAAGCCGAGCCGGGUCUUCCUCUCGCCGACCUCCGGAGUCCUACCAGGACCGCCAUAGACCUGGACAAAUCGGAGCAUACUGAGUUUUUCGUUGUGCAGCCACGGGCCAGCGAUGUCGAUGCGUGGCGUUGCCUGAAGCCCAGUGCGAGCCCAGGCUUGCUUGAAGAAGUGAUGGUGCUAUGGAGUCGCCGUUGUGGUGUGAACAUGUCGAACUGGCAUGCAUACCACUAUUCGUUUACACUUUCUGUCCCACUGCAGCAGCUGAUGGAGGAGAGUGACCUCUAUGUACAAGUCCUGGCAUGUCCCAAUGCCGAUUCAACUUCUGAUUUUCAGCUGAUCUUUCAUUGCGGGAAGAGUUAUAGCCCCGAGACCCUGGACCAAGCUCUGGCUGAGGGUCACGUGCGAUACUUUCUCCCCGACUCUAGCGCCGAAUAA